AUGACGGGCCCUUCUGCGACCCUCCAGCUGAUCCACGCUAACGGGUUCGAGAACAACCUCCGGCGUGGGAUAGCCUGCCACCCGACGGACCCGCGGAAAUGCCUGUGCGCGCUGCGGCACACGCUGGUGGAGUUUACCGAGGGCAGCAGCCCCCCCGCGCGCUUCUUCCGCGGCCAUGACGACCUCAUCACGGCCCUCGCGAUGUCUCCGGACGGCGUGACGGCAGCCAGCGGGUCGAUGGGCACCAACAGCGACGUGCUUGUCUGGGACCUGCCCUCCGGCGCCAUCAAGUUCCGGCUGUCGGAGCACGACAAGCUGGUGACGUCGCUGGCGUUCUCGCACGACGGCCGGCUGCUCGUGUCCGCGGGCGAGGACGGCCGCAUCAUCGUCUGGGACGUGUCGAACGGGCGCAUCGUGGGCACUGCCAACCCCCACAUCCGCCCCACGAACAACCUCGUGCUGUCCUUCAGCCCGUGCAACCACGGCGCGAGCGGCAGGGAGUACCGCAUCUGCGGCGUCGCGAAGAACGUCUUCUACAUGUACUACCUCGACCCCUACACAGGCCGCGUGGAUUUGCAGAAGGUGAAUCUCAAGUACAUCAACCGCGACUUCAAGGACUGCUGCUUCACCGCGGACGGGGCGUACGCGUUCGCGGCGUCCAACUCCGGCGACGUGGUCGUCGUCAACGCGGACAACGCCGAGCUCCUCGGCUCGGUCCCGCAGUGCUCGGGCGGCGCGUCGUGCGUCGACCUGCACCCCGCGACGGGCGAGAUCCUCGUGGGCGGCGGGGACGGCACGAUCACGCAGUACGUCGUCAACCAGCCGCAGCCGCUGGUCAAGUACAGCAUCAACGCGCCGAUCGUGGCCAUGUCGUUCGCCGCGGACAAGCGGUCGCUGCUGUGCGCGCUGGCCAACGGUACGAUGGCGUCGGUGGACACGCAGACGUGGACGCACCGCGUCGUGAUGAACGCGCACUGCGGGCCCGUGACGGGCGUGAGCUGCUGCCACCUCGACGGCGCGGAGGAGGAGGUGGCGACGGGCGGCGCGGACGGGUGCCUGCACGUGUGGUCGGUGUCGUCGGGGCGGCUGCUGCGGAGCGCGGAGACGCCGGCGUCCGCGGGGGCGUGUCUGUGCGUGCAGCUCAUUGGCCGCGACCUCGUGAGCGGGUGGAUGGACGGGUCGCUGCGCUGCUUCGACACGGGCGUGCUGGGCAAGUCAGGCAUGGUGCAGAAGUGGUCGGUGGCGAACGCGUCCUCGACGGGCCUCUCGACGCUCUCGGUGCCGGCGUCGCGGCAGUUCGUGGCGACGGGCGGGCAGGGCGGGGAGGUGCGCGUGUGGGACUGGGCGACGCGGGAGAUGGUGGCACACAUGAAGCAGCACAGCGACGUGGUCACGGCGAUUGUGUGCAUGUCGGACAACGUGCACGUGGUGUCCGCGAGCAAGGACCGCUCGGUGAUGACGUGGAACGCGCUCGACGAGAAGCGCGUGUCGUACAACACCUCCCCAUCGGGGGGGAUCUUUUCCAUCGUCAAGCUGUCAGACACCGAGCUGCUCGCGGUGGGCGCGGACCGCCGGAUCACGCACUGGGACGUGCGGCGGCCGCAGCCGCUCGACAUCACGGAGGACGCCGCCAAGGACAACAUCACAUCCGCGGCCCUCAACCCAUCCGCGACGAUGCUCGCAACAGGGAGCGCGGACGGCGAAGUGCGGCUGUGGGCCGUGGAGCCGCGGGCGCGGAAGCUGCUCGCGAGCGCGCAGGUGCACGCGGGCUACGUGACGGGCGUCACGUUCAGCAGCGACGGGCGGUCCCUCAUCUCUGUCGGUGUCGACGGAAUGUGCGCGUUCUGGGCCGUGAACCCUUAG